AUGUUUGUAUUUCUCGCCACUAGCUCAAGCCUUGACUAUAGUGGAAUCCAUUCCUAUCAUCCAUUUUCUAGGGCAUAUCCCUGUGCCACUUAUGUUCUUGUUGAUGGUGCAAUGAUCUUUAAUGUUGAUUCUCAAAAGACCUCUAUCACUAAAUCUCGAUUUUGCAGAAUUAUGUGGUUUGAUUCCACCGAAAGGCUUUUCGAUCUGGAUUCAAUUUACUCUGUUGAUCUUAUCCACAUGUUUUAUCAAAUGGGCUACAAUGAGGAUUUUUCACUGUUGUCAAUUUUCAAGAAGCCCUAUUUACCUCCAAUGUGGAACGGCCUAUUUACACUGUUGUUUAAGAGUCUUUCUGAAAGGGUUGUCGGCUUUGACAGUGCGAGUAAGCUCUUUUAUACCAUUAUCAUUGGUCUUUAUAAUGGCAUCUAG